UUCAUGAAACGGCCAUGUUACUUGUGUGGGGAGUGAAGUUGUACACAUAAACACUAUAUUUUAUUGUUAAAGCUCUUCUAAAAUUUAAAUACACAGGCCAACAUUCUAAAUUUAAGCUUUACCAAAACAGCGUUGCAUAUGGCCGAAAACAUUGAUGCCGGUGUUGAUUUGCAUCUUAGAAAACCCACCAACUGUCAAGUCUGACAGGAAAGUCCAGCUCAACAAGAUGUAAAGAUUAUGUAAUUUUAGUAAUAAAUAUCAGAAAAUUUUAAGAUUUUAAUUUGCAUGUAGCAUGGAGUCGUCAAAAGGUUCAUCAGAAGCUGUUUCAGAAGACACUUGUAAGAAGAUUGAAGAAAUUGCCAAAAUGACGACUGUGACACAAGAAGAUAUAACUUCUAAUACAAAGACAAUUAUACAAGGUUUAGAAACUCUAAAAAAUGAGCACCAUCAGAUUCUUAAUGGAUUACUUACCUCUAUGAAAUCUAUAAAACGGGAAAAUGGCGACACGAAUCUUACCGAAGAAAAAACUAACCGACUGAAAAAGUCUCUAGAAACAAUAGAAUUAGGACUUAGUGAGGCACAGGUGAUGAUGGCAUUAGCUAAUCAUUUACAACAUGUAGAGGCAGAAAAACAAAAGUUACGGGCCCAAGUGCGAAGACUUUGUCAAGAAAACGCUUGGUUAAGAGACGAAUUAGCAAACACACAACAAAAAUUACAAAUGAGUGAACAAAAAGUAGCGACAUUAGAAGAAGAGAAAAAACAUUUAGAAUUCAUGAACGAAAUAAAAAAAUAUGAUGGUAAUGAUCCACAAACACAGUCUGGUACUGAAGAAAAAGAACAGGACCAGUCUACCCAAUCUCUAGAUUUAGGUUUUCCUGAUGAUGAUGAAGAUGGACCACAACCAGAAGUCCUAUCUCCAUCUCAACCUAGUGCAAUGGCCCAAGCAGCCAGUGGUGGUUAUGAAAUCCCAGCCCGGCUACGUACCCUUCACAACCUAGUCAUCCAGUAUGCCUCACAAGGACGAUACGAAGUAGCAGUACCUUUAUGUAAACAAGCAUUAGAAGAUUUAGAAAAGACCAGCGGCCAUGAUCAUCCUGACGUAGCGACCAUGUUAAACAUUUUGGCUCUUGUAUACAGAGACCAAGGAAAAUAUAAAGAAGCUGCAAACCUGUUGAAUGAUGCUUUAGGCAUCCGUGAGAAAACGUUAGGAAAUGAUCACCCAGCAGUAGCUGCAACAUUAAAUAAUUUGGCUGUGUUAUAUGGCAAGAGAGGGAAAUAUAAAGAAGCAGAACCUUUAUGUAAACGUGCUUUAGAAAUAAGAGAAAAAGUACUUGGUAAAGAUCAUCCAGAUGUUGCCAAACAGCUUAAUAACUUGGCUCUUUUAUGUCAAAAUCAAGGAAAAUAUGAAGAGGUUGAGCAUUAUUAUAGAAGAGCUUUAGAAAUUUAUUUGAAACGUUUAGGUACAGACGAUCCUAAUGUUUCUAAAACAAAAAAUAAUUUGGCAUCAGCUUAUUUAAAACAAGGAAAAUAUAAGUUAGCAGAAGCUUUAUAUAAAGAAGUACUAACCAGAGCACAUGAAAAAGAAUUUGGAAAAGUUGACGGUGAUAAUAAACCUAUAUGGAUGCAAGCUGAGGAAAGAGAAGAAAAUAAGGGAAAAUUGAAAGAUGGCGCACCAAUGCCUGAAUAUGGUGGUUGGCAUAAAACUGCAAAAAUAGACAGUCCCACAGUUUCCACAACAUUAAAAAAUUUGGGAGCUUUAUACCGUCGUCAGGGAAAGUAUGAAGCUGCCGAAACAUUAGAGGAAUGUGCAAUGCGGUCCAAGAAAAAUGCCUUAGAUGUUGUCAAACAACAGACCAACUUAACUGACAUAGGCAGUGAAUAUACAAACAACAACCGAAGGAGAUCGGCCAGCCGAGAUAGAGUACUCAAAGGCUCUAUGGAAAACAUAUCACACAAUAAUUCUACAGAAUAUGACGACGGCAAAUUAAAGAGAAGUGGGUCUUUUUCCAAACUACGAGCCUCGAUACGACGUAGCAGUGCAAAACUGGUGCAGAAAUUAAAAGGAAAAGGUGACGAGAAUUCUGGGAGUGAGCCUGUUUUGGUCUUCACGCUCUCUGAAUGCAAUAGCAGUUGGUAUUACUAUGAACAAAAUACCCCUCUACCUCGCUAUUGGGGUACAAAUGACGUUGAUACUAAUGAUAUGACGGGAAGGAGUAUGAAAAGAGCAAGCUCCAUGUCAGUGCUCAACACAAAUAGUAAAGAUGAAAAAUUAAGUGAAAGUAGGCGUUCUUAUGGUGAUUUACGACAACAAGGACGGACUGCCAGUUCAGAUCAACUCAUUAAUCGACCAUUUUGACAACAGCUAUAGUUUUAGACUUCAUGUACAAUAAUGCAAUAUUUGACAAGCUUUUUUUGAGAUUUUAAUUUGUGGGCAUCGUCAGAUUUCGUCUUGCCGCUUUCAGUUUCAGUUCUUGUAAAUAUGGCAUUUUACGCCAUUAAUCCGAUGUAAUUUAUUUAUUCCAUAUUUUAACAUUAUAUCUCAGUAACGGUGUCUAAUCAUAACAAAUUUAGAUGGGGCAAGGGUAGGCAACUCCGUAUUGACAAGAGUUCAUUCCAAAUGUAUCAUACAGCGCUUCCAUCAUUCACUCAUUAGUAUGCAUCAUAGUGUGAAAAUGUGUUAAAAACUCAGUUUAGUAGAUACAAACGGAAGAAAAUUGGAAAAUCUUGCCACUGUCAACUUCAAGCAUGAUUUCAAAUUAAUCAAAUCCAGUCAAAAAACUCCUUUUCAUUUUGAGCACUUUGGAUGAAAACAUCAAUUGCUUUAUAAAAGAGUGUUAGAAUUUAAAUUGUGACAAAAGUUGCUUAAUUGAUGUCAGUAAGUAAUGAAGAGUAAGCCUAGUUUGUUUUCAAGAAACAAUGUUCCAGGAUUUUCCGAGUUUCUUCUAACUUGCUGUAAAAACAAAAUGUAUCAAGUGUUGAAUCAUCAAUAUUAAUGAGUGUUGUGGUUUUCAGAUAUCAUUUUCAGUCUUUCAAAUUUUGUGCAAAUUUAUUUUUAAACUGAUUGAGUGGUCAAAUGACUUGCUGUUAUUGAAGAAUAUACAGUGUUUGCGAACACAAACUACAAAAUAUAAAUGAUUUUUUUCAUAUAACGUUAUAGCCUUGAAAAUUCAUGGAGGUGUAUAAAUUUGAAAAAAAGACUAUUGUAUCAUUUUAUGUAAUUAUUGAUCAUAACACAAUGAGACUGGAAAUAUUAUAUGCACAGAUCAGUUUAAAACUGGAGUUUCUUUGACAUUUAAUUUAUACUCAUUUUAUUUUAUUUUGUUGUAUGUUACACAUGUUAAAUUCAUAAAGGAUAUAUUCCAAAUUUUAGAAUCACAUUAUUAUGUACAUACAAAAGAAACAACGUUUGAAUGAAUCAUUGUCAGGUAGUCCAUAUAAAGCUUCAUUAAAAUUAAUUACUUAAGAUCCAGUUAUAACUAGUGUUGAAUCCACCAUUUCUGUAUCUAAAGGAUUGUGGGUAAUCUCAUUGUUCAUACCCAAAAAUGAAAAUUUCAUCACAUCAUUGGUUGAAUUCCCAUUGUUUAUGACGUUGUAAGCCAAUCACAACGUUUUGGUGAAAAUAUUACACAGAAUUCAUUAGAUUCUGAAAAGGCAAAUUGUUCAUUCCUUUCUCUGUAGAUAUUGGAAUUUAAGGAUGUUGACAACUUUAUAAAGACAUAUUAAAAAAAUAUAAACAUAAAACCGUUGUGAGGCUGUAUAUGUAUGCUUAGAUACUCAGUUCAUAAGGAUGAUCUCGUCAUAAAUUGUAGUCUUACAUCAUAUCUAAAAAUAAACCAUGGAGUUAAUUUGUACCAAGGAUUCAAGAUCUCACACUCAGAAAAGAUCUAAAUACAAUAGAAAGUACAAAAGUUCAAAAUAUAUGUAUAUGUGCUGGCAGUAGUAAAUUGGUUAUUUUUUUAGAGAAAUUACACUUUAAUGACGAUAUGCAACAUUCGUUCAAGUUAUUUUAUUGUUCUGCAUGUUUAGACAAAUUUAAACAUAAUUUGUUUCAAAUUUAGACUGAAAAUGACUUGUUUUGGUAUUACAAAAUUUCUCAUCCACCAUUUUUUAUAGGGGGAAGGGGGGGGGGGGGGGGGGGGGUGUCUAUCAAACCUAAACUCUUGAGAAUAUUAUCAGGACAUUGUUUAAUGAAGUUUUCUAUGAAGAACCAAAAGUGCCCCAUUCUUUUAGUUUCACUUUAGAUUGAUGAGAAUCCAGGAAUUUUAUGUGGCCUUAAUGAAAUGUACUAAAUGUUCUGCAUGCUGUAAUGUGCUACCUGAUGUAAUUCCCAAAUCAACACAGUUUUGACUUAUUAACUUAAAGCAUUGGAGGUUGAGCCACUGCUGGUAGUACAUUAAGCAUGGACUGAUAAAAGAUAAGACAGUACCGAUUUGUUUUUACAAUUCUUAGAGAUUAAAUCUCAAUUCUGCAACUCAGAAUUAGACUAGAUCCCCAUUUCUUUUCUUCACAAAGAUUAUUAUGCUUUCCUCUUGACAUCUCAGAAAUAUUGUUACACUGAGUUGACAAAUAACAUUGAUAAAUUCAUUAUCUGGUUUUAGAUUAGCAUGCAUCGGGUUCGUAUAACUUUUCAUUUCUUGUUUGGAAGACAAGCAUAAAUUUUCACAAAUGACUUUUUUUUUCAUUAGACAUCUUUGAAAAAAAUGUCACCUUGCAUUGACAGAUAAUAUUGAAAAUAUAAUUUCUGUUGUCUGUGAUUGACUGACAGAUAUUCUUUUGAGUUCACAUUGUUCAAUGAAUUACUAACAGAAAAAUUUAUUGUCAAAAGAAGUGGCUAUUAGUGUAAUUAAGGUAUUUUGACUUUCAAUCUUAAAAUGAUUUAUCAGUGGUAGUUUUAAACACUUUGUAUUUGUAAAAUAAUUUUAUUAAGCAAAAUGAUCAAAAUUGAUGAUUGUUGAAGUUUUGUUUGCUGAAUUUAUGUGAUAUAAAUAGAAUUGCAUGAGGUGCCAAUAUCUUUCAUUUGUAGGCAUGGAAAUUUCGUAUUUUAAAUUAAAAAUUUUACGGAUUAAUCAUUUUCAUUAUAAGUUGAUUGAUAUUUUGUGAUAUUUUUAGGGUAAAUGAAUAAAUUUAUUUUGUAAAAAAAAAUUUCAUGAAUUAUCAUAUGUUCUAUUCAUUAGAAUAUUUAGAUAAAUUAAAGAAAAUAUAUUUAAAACACGGCGUAAAUGGCAAAAAUAUGUCAGAAUUGAUAUUUGUUUACAUAGAUAGAUACAAAUAAUUAUUUCAUAAUGAAUUUUCACAUGCAGCAUCAGAUAUCAUUUCAAAACAAUUGGCUGCAAGCUUUAUAAAAGUGGCACUGGAAUAAUUUAUAGAGGAAUUUGCCUUUAUUAUAAGUAUGUUAGGUUGAUUAAAGUGCUAUAGGUUUUAUUUGAUGGUUUUAUGCCUUGUUUGACUGUAUGAAUGUGUAUGAAUGCACUGCCUGGUGAUAGUAUAAUUUGUGUCAAGCUUAUUGUGUACAAAUAUGAACAACUUUCCAUUGUUAAUUUAUUAAACAAUAUGUAAGAUGA